GUUUUAUUUGUGUGUUGUAAAUUUAUGUUAAACUUCGAAUAUAAAAGUGAGUCAUUUUUAUAUUUACUUUUAUAUUAUGUUCUGCCGGCUUAAUAUUUAUUGGAGAGAAAAAUACGAUCACCGGGUAUAUAGAAUGGUUUGAAGUUUCAGGGGUAAUGUUAGGCAACAGUGUGGGCAGAGUAGACAUAGAAAAUGUCUCGGGUGUGUUUGUCGUCACAAAAUAUGUACACUGAUCGACAGAAGGCUUUCGAUGAUUUUCGAUUAUCUGACAAUAAAACAGUGGCCUUGAGUGUUUCGGUGCCGUUAAAAUUAAAUGAACUUAAACCUUUAAAUGCAAUUAUUGUAACUGGUUAUGUUCCUCAUAAAGCUUCGAGAUUUGCAAUUAAUUUAACAUGCAGAAAUCAUGGAAACAUAGCGCUUCAUUUUAAUCCACGGCUGGAUCGUGGUUAUGUCGUAAGAAACACGAGAGUAAAGGGUCAUUGGCAGAAGGAAGAAACAUGCUCGCCACGCUUGUCGAAUGGUUAUAUUUUUCAAAGAAAUGAGUACUUUCAUCUUAUGAUUUUUUGUGCUCCUUAUGACUUCCAGAUAGCAAUUAAUGGAGAACAUUUUUGUUCGUUUCACUACAGAAUGCCAUUGUCAGAAGUAGUCUGUCUGGAAGUUGAUGGAGACAUUGAAGACAUAAAGGCGAGGCAAAUUCUUCUUGACAUCUAUCCUGAUCCGAAAAUAUGCAAACCUACAAGAUCACUAGAAUUAACGGAUGAAGAAUUACUCUGUAACAACCUCGAAGUACCAGUGAAUAUUAAUGUGAAGAAAGGCCUAAAAUUUGGUGCCCGAUUGUUCAUCCAGGGAAGAUUGAAAUUACUCCCUUAUUCGUUCUACGUGAAUUUGCAGAGAGGGAACUUGAUCUAUCCGCAUCCGGAAAUUGCAUUGCAUAUUAAUCCGAGAUUUCAUUAUGGCAAUGCUCCAGCAUGUGUCGUUAUAAAUUGCUGGACAGAAGGAAAAUGGUCCAAUGAAGAAAGACACGAAGGUUUCCUUUCCUGGGGUCCUGGACGCGACUUCUUACUCACGAUACGAGUUGAAUUUGAAUCCUAUACAAUCUGGUUGGGAAGUAAAAUGAUUGGCGAAUUUAAGCAUCGAAUGAAGCCAACGAUAGUCGACACUUUACGAAUAAGUGGAGAUUUGGCUUUAAAUCAAUUAGCCAUUAAGUACAAUGACUAGAGGUUUGUUUUUCAACAACAACAAGAAAAAAAUGAUAGAAAUUAUCUUCAUCAUAAUGAAGAGAAAGAAACUAUUGAUGAUUGCCUUACAACUUUUCAAUAAAAUAACGCUUACGUCCAAAAAGUUUAUAUUAAAGGUAACAUUCUUCUAUAUGUAAAAAUUGUUAUAUGUAGAAAUAAUCUUAUUUUAUGAAAGCUUUGUAAUACUGACGCUCUUCCACAAGUACUUUAUAGUUAAGUUUAACAAAAGAAAAAGUUAAGCCACCCUCAGGAUAAGGAUAUCCUGAAGAUAUAUUUUGCUAUAGAAAUACAACAUAGUUUUGUAUUCAUUUCUGUUGGGUUUGUUUUUAAGACUGAAGUUCUAAUAUUUUUCCUUAACAAACAAAGUGAUUCCGAACCAGUUUUUGUAAUUUCCUUCUGGAUUUUUUUUUAUGAAACGUUUUUUAUUAACGUAUGUUAUAUUUAUUGAAUCACAAUAAAACAAUAAAAUAGAGUACAUAAAUAAAUGUGUUUUAUACAAAGAAA